CUCAAGAUUCUAGUGUCAGUAGCGUCGGAUAGCCCGUGAUUCUGAGAGGGGAGGCCUCCUAAAUUCGAAGUCCUCUCUUCAAUCCUACAACCAUGACUAUGGCGGUCGGAUUCUUGUCGCUUCCUACAGAGCUCAUAUGUCACAUUCUAAUCCUCCUUAACCCCAGGGACAUUAGUCGCUGUGCACGGACAUGCAAUAUCUUUUGGCUUGCGGUCCGGAAUUCUGUCCACAUUCAAUACAAGCUUGAAAUUUAUGCUCAGGGCUUGACUAGUACUGGGGCCGCUACCAUGAAUUCGACCGGCGUUUCCAAAAAGAUUCUGUGUUCGCUCAAGACAUUGGCAUCUUUGUGGCGAUCUGACUUCCAUGCGACCACUACCUUUGAAUCAGUGGUCGCUAUUGCUGCCACUGAAUAUAUUCCAUUUUUACCCGCGAUCCAAGAUGUGAAAUGUGGGCUUUGGUGGUCUUACUCGCUGGACGAAGACAAAUUCUACAUUCAGGAUUGUGGCAUGAAUCCUACACUCUCCCGGACAUGGUUUAUCGAUGAUGUCGACCGCUUUCUUACUACCUUCGACCCUCUGCAGGAUCUUAUGGUUGUGUGUUCUGAGCAUCAUCAUUAUGUCGCUGUGACCGAUGCGGAACAAGAUUACCGUGUCUGUCGGGUGGAGUUCCGACUGGCUUCAUCCCAGUGUCCACAUCCCAGUGCUGCGUGCACUUCCUUGGAGUGCAAGCAUACCUUUGAUGCACUGCCUGGCUAUUACCGUGCUGCUUUGUCACCGCCUGUAAUCUGUGGUGAUCGCGUAUUUAUUCUCUAUUACAUAGAGAACACGGCGGAUGACUGCCAUCCUCAGCCUGCAUCCGGCAUGUUCAUACAAGUGAUCAAUUGGAGGGGGGGAUAUGUGAAUAGGCAUUUUUUAUGUCAACUGCAUAUCUGCGAGAUACAUCUUUUCUAUCCAGUUGAUGAACAGAAGCUUGUCAUCAUUGGCCCAGAAGGCUCGAUAUACUUGUACACGUUACAAGGGCUCAAUGGGUCGCCUCAGUGCCGAAUCAUAUAUCACCUUCCCAAGAUCCUCCAUCUAUCAUUAUACGACCCGGAAAUCAUUUUUCAUGGCCACCCGUCACUGCAUGGCAAAGCAGCACGCCCAGGACUCAUGCCGAGCUAUGUACCCUCCCUGGAGUCGCAGAUUAUGGUUUUAGAGUUUCUUCUCAAAGCGGGGACAUCUAUCCUAGUCAUCGAUAUCGCCAUCUUCUCUGACAUGGCCCUGCGCUCAGAUAUGCUCGUCGACAUUCCCUGGUCAGAUUGGGGACCUCAGUAUGCGUGCUACUUUCCGCACCACGAAAGCUACCAUAUCAGCGUGUUUGGCAGCAAAAUGGCUUAUGCUCUUCCCCAAGAUCAUAUUCGUGAUCCUGGUCAAACACUGGAAGGGCUCUCCAGCGAGGGUUACUUCUAUGUGCACAUCUGGGACUUCAAUAAGCGAGUCAUUGCAUGUUCGGAAAGUGUCAACGAUCCUGACUCACCGAGUCUUCGCAUUUGCAAGUCGGGUCAGAUGAUUGACUCCUUUGGUGAAGACAUCUUCUCGAGUCGUGCAUACAUCGCAACGGUCUGUCGUACGCCAUUUCCGACAGCUGGCUCCAGGAUAUUCUUGGAACAGGGUCGGCUUACUGUGACAUGGGCUCGGCAUGAUGAGAUUAGUUUUCGGGUCAUUUCCCCCACUCAGACGGAGGUUGGCCCGGACCUUACAGAAUAGGCAGUUUGGAGUAAAACAGGUGGGACUCAGCGACGCCUGACCAGUUGGGGACCCAGGACACAUUACUGGAUGACGACGAAGAUAUUGCAGUGCUUCUAUGCCACCGGCUUCCAUCUGCAUCACCCUGUGGCUCAUCAUGCUGUGGGCAUGGGUGAGAGUAUCAGCAGGAAAAUACUUAGAUACGGUAGCAACCAGCAUGACGCUCAAUAUGAGAUAGCUGAAAGCAAUAACAUUGGUACUUGCGCUAGUAAAGUUAUGACUUACUCCAAACAGCUGUCCGAACACCCUGGGACCUCCUCAUUGCGAUCUAGACUUGCAUAGAUCCAUGACCAUGUACCGACGAUUCGAUUUUUUCGCAGUGUAGAUAGCAGGAGCACUGAAUUUACACACUUCUAUAGUUCUCACGACUGCAAUGUCACGG